CUCUCUCUCUCUCUCUCUCUCUUCUCUCUCUCUCUCUCUCCAUCCUGUCUUCCUGGCGAUGCUCUGGGACGGCUGAGCCAGAUUAUUUUGCAGCUGAUCACUGUGCCAGUCUGCUCCUGCUGCUGUUCAACUCUUUUAAAAAAACAAACACCAGAUUUGCCCGAGGACCUUCAUCUCCUCGGCUUCUCGAACGCAUCAGAGCUCAUCGUUUUGGGUUGCCCGGGCCGACAGGUGACAUCACAGGAAGUUGGAUGUUCCGUCAAAGCCAAACGCUCUCGGCUGCGAUCGGCGGCGUCGAUGUUUUUCCAACCCCGUCACAACCGUGAGAGACGUCCGAACUCUGCUCCGUGAAACACUUACAGGAACUCUCAAGAAAAGAAGAAACCCAACAACAACUUCACCUCCUUCUCCGCUUCUACCGCGCAGAGAUGAACGAGGAGGCGGAGGAGACGCAGCUGCCCCGGGAAGGGCUGGAGGUGGAGGAGGAGGAAGACGAGGAGGGAGAGCAGGAAGGGGAGAAACAGGAGGGAGAGCAGGAAGAGGAGAAAGAGGAGGGAGAGCAGGAAGAGGAAUAUGAGAAACAGAAAGCAGAGCAGGAAGAAGAGAAAGAGGAGGGAGAGCAGGAAGAGGAGAAAGAGGAGGGAGAGCAGGAAGAGGAGAAACAGGAGCAAGUGCAGGAAGAGGAAGAGGAGAAAGAAGGAGAGGAGAAACAGGAGAUGCUGAAGGAAGAAGAAGAGGAGCUACUGGCGGGAGAGCAACAAGAGAAGAUGCCCCAUCAGGACGUGGAACAGGAGGAGGAGUCUGAGGAGGAGCAACAGGAGGAAGAGGAGCGACAGGAGGAAGAGGAGCGACAGGAGGAAGAGGAGCGACAGGAGGAAGAGGAGCGACAGGAAGAGCUGCAGCAGAGUCUGCAGGUGCAGCAUCGGGGGCAGAUGUCUCAGACGGAGGAGAACAAGCAGCAGCAGAUCGAGGAGGCGCAGGACUUUGAGGAGCAGAACCACAACAACCAGGUCCUGAUCCGACUGAGAGGGAUGCAGAAAUACAAAAGUACAUCGCAGAGGCUGAAGGGGGUCCUGGAGCAGAUGGACCGGGGUGUCGUGGACCUGCUGGAACUCCGCAGGAACCUGGAGCUCGCUGCUGCCAUGUUGGACAGCGUCUACACUGAUGAGACCAAGCGUCUGUUGGACACCGAGGACGAGCUCAGCGACUUGCAGGCGGAGUCGGUGCCCAGCGAAGUACGUGAUUGGCUGGCGUGUACCUUCACCAGGAAGAUGGGUGUGGCCAAGCGUCGUCCUGAGGAGAAGCCAAGAUUCAGGAGCAUCGUCCACGCAGUGCAAGCUGGGAUAUUUGUAGAAAGGAUGUACAGACGGACGUCCAACAUGGCUGGUCUAACCUACCCACCCACGGCUCUGACAGCUCUGAAGAAAGUGGAUCACUGGUCGUUUGAUGUCUUCUCCUUCCACGAGGCCACUGGAGACCACGCCCUCAAGUUCCUGGUCUACGAACUGCUGACCCGCUAUGACCUCAUCAACAGGUUCAGGAUCCCGGUGCAGGCUCUGGUGCAGUUUGUUGAAGCUCUGGAGAACGGCUACAGCAAACACAGGAACCCCUACCACAACCUGAUCCACGCCGCCGACGUCACUCAGACCGCCCACUUCCUGAUGCUGCACACAGGACUCAUGCACUGGCUCAGCGAGCUGGAGAUUCUUGCCAUGGUUUUUGCUGCAGCCAUUCACGACUUUGAGCACACAGGAACCACCAACAACUUCCACAUCAACACCAGGUCGGAGGUGACCAUUCUGUACAACGACCGGUCGGUGCUGGAGAAUCAUCACGUCAGCGCCGCCUACCGGCUGAUGGCCGAGGAGGACAUGAACAUCCUUGUCAACCUGAACAAGGACGACUGGAGGGAGCUGAGGGCUCUGGUGAUAGAGAUGGUGAUGUCUACGGACAUGUCCUGUCACUUCCAGCAGAUCAAGACCAUGAGGAACGCCCUGACGCAGACACUCAGUCUGGACAGAGUGAAGGUUUUGUCUCUGUUGCUUCACGCUGCCGACAUCAGUCACCCGGCCAAAGCCUGGCCGCUGCACUACCGCUGGACCCACAGCCUCAUGGAGGAGUUCUUUCAACAGGGAGAUAAAGAGGUGGAACUGGGCCUCCCUUUCUCUCCUCUCUGUGACCGCAAAGCCACCAUGAUCGCCCAAUCACAGAUAGGUUUCAUCGACUUCAUCGUGGAGCCGACGUUCAGUGUUCUGAUCGACACGACGGAGAAACUGAUUGGUCCGCUGAUAGAAGAGGACAGGAAGGCCAGAGAGUCUGGAAACAGGAAGUCCAGUCUAACAGGAAGCGGUUCCGUUACCGUGGAGUCGGUGCAGAGACACAGUAGCGGGCGCUAUGGUAACAGCGAUGAAGGACAAAUGGACUUUUCCCUGACGGCCAUCGACCAGCCGGCUCUGAAGCUCCACCUAUCUGGCGUCAUCGGCAGCAACAAGGACAGAUGGAAAGAGCUGUCGGUGCACGAGCUGGCCCAUAGGGAGCAAGAAGAAGAAGAGAAGGUGGAGUCUGUCAACUCAGACACCCAAUCUCAAUCACAUGACUCGCCCAGUCACAGUGCCCCUGACGGACACACCUCCGACCAAUCACAGAACUCAGAGGGCUCCCCACCUGAAACACACAACGACAAGUCACCUGUCCACCUGACUUGGAACGGCUCGGGGCCGGCGGAGGAGAAGACGGAGGACAACGAUGAUGAUGAAGUGCCUGAAAAAGCCUGAUGACCCUCCAUGGCCAACUUCCCACUGUGUCUGAUUGGGGCAGAUCACCGUGGCAACAGGUGGAACGGUGCAGUGACCGCGACACGGUUCAGACUCUUCUGUUUAAACACAGCUGCUGACUCAACGGCACCUCAGUGGCCCCCCCCCCC